AUGGCGACGACGGCGACGACCGCGACGCGCCUCGCGUCCUCCGAGCGCGCGUCGCCGCCGCCGCCGCCGCGCCGCGCGACGGUUCGCAGCCACCACCGCCGUCGGAUAGCGCGCGAUCGACGUCACCGACUUCCCGCGGCGACGCGCGCGUCCUCCUCCUCCUCCUCCUCCUCCUCCUCCGACGAGGAAGAGAUCAACGUCCCGGGACGCGCCGCGCUCGCGCUCGGUUGGCUCGCCCUCGGCGGCGUCGCGACGACCGUCGCGCCGUCCGGCACCGCCGCGUUCGACGCGGAGCUCGUGACGUCGCUCGUGACGUCGCCGUUCAGCGGAGCGGCGAAUCCCAUCUUCGAAGCGCUGUUCAACUCCCUCGGCGUCGUCCCCGCGGUGUACGCCGCGCUGCUGCUGCCGGGGGCGAGAGACCAGCCGCGGGUGCCGACGCUGCCGCCGGUCGUCGCGUCGUUCGCGCUCGGGUUCUUCGCGCUCGGGCCGUACCUGAUAACCAGGCGCGUACGAGUAGUACUCUCAACGGCGCCGAGGACGUCCGCGCCGCGACGGUCCGAGCUCGGGUGGGCGACGCGGACGGUGUUCGAGUCCAAGCCGUUCGCGCUGUUCCAGACGCUCUUCGCGACGUUUCUGAUCGCGUACGCCGCAUCGCACGUCGACGCGGAGACGUUGGAGGGGUUCGCGACGCUGUGGCGCGAGCAGAGCGCGCUCGCGUGCGUGUCAUCGUGCGAUCUGUUGGUGCUCUCGUUAGCCAUGUACGACGCGCUUUCGGAGGAUAUGAAACGUCGCGGGGUGUUCGAGCGAGGCAAGGCGCUGGGGUUCUGCGCGCUGCCGGUGUUGGGGCCGUGCCUGUGGCUGCUGACGCGCCCGGCGUUGGAAGAGUGA